AUGGUUAGUUGCUCAGAUAACUGUGACAGUCAACUGGUGUCGGACUUGCUUCGCUGGGCCUUCAAUUCCUCUUCAGAGUUCUCAAGCAGCCACAGCCCCGGCUACGCAAAGCUGAACAGAAGGGACGGUGCUGGUGGAUGGUCGCCUUUGGAAUCUAACAAAUACCAGUGGUUGCAGAUGGAUCUCGGAGAGAGGACGGAGGUCACUGCAGUAGCUACUCAAGGCCGCUAUGGGAGUUCGGACUGGGUGACACGCUACCAGUUGAUGUUUAGUGAUAUGGGAAGGAAUUGGAAGCAGUAUCGUCAGGAAGACAGCAUUUGGGCCUUCACGGGAAAUUCCAACGCAGACACUGUAGUGCACCACAAGCUGCAAAACCCAAUCAAAGCCAGAUUCCUUCGUUUCAUUCCUCUGGACUGGAAUCCCAAUGGAAGAAUCGGAAUGCGGGUUGAACUUUACGGCUGCUCAUACAAAUCUGAUGUUGCUGACUUCGAUGGAAUGAGUUCGAUGUUCUACAGAUUCAACCAAAAGAGCAUGUCCACGUUGAAGGACGCGGUCUUCUUGAAGUUUAAGACGAUGAGAAGUGACGGUGUGGUUCUGCAUGGUGAGGGACAACAGGGAGACCACAUCACUCUGGAGCUAAAGAAAGGCAAGCUCUCACUGGAGAUUAAUUUAGGUAACACAGCUCAACAGGACGUUAGUGACCAUUCCUCUGUUACACUGGGCAGUCUUCUUGAUGAUCAGCAAUGGCAUUACAUUGCAGUUGAACGCAAUAAGAAGCAAGUGAACUUCACUGUCGAUUCAGACACACAGCAAUUUCAGAUUAAAGGAGAGUCUGAUCUCUUGGAUCUUGACUAUGAGCUCAGCAUUGGAGGGAUGCCAAUUCCGCAAAAGUCGAUGCCAUCUCCAAGGAAGAACUUCCACGGCUGUAUUGAAAAUCUCUAUUACAAUGGAGUGAACAUUAUUGAUCUGGCCAAGCGACACAAACCUCAGAUACACAUUGUGAGAAACGUUACAUUUUCCUGCACGGAGCCACAUAUUGUUCCGGUCACAUUCAUGACAGCCAGUAGUUAUUUGCUGUUGCCGGGAAUGCCGCAAAAGGAAGAAAUAUCAAUAAGCUUUCAGUUCCGCACCUGGAACAAGGAUGGGUUGCUGCUCUACAACAAGUUACAUGAAACAUCAGGAGUUGUGCAGACUCACCUCAGUGAUGGGAAACUGAAAGUAACUGUUCAAAAAUCAGGGAGCCAGGCUGACAUCACAACAGGCGACAAUCUGAAUGAUGGGCAAUGGCAUUCCAUCCAUUUGAGCACCAGACGGAAUCACGUCAGUGUCUUGCUGAAUGGCGAAGCUUCCCCCACUUCUCAUUUGACCGUGCAGACAUCCUUGUACUCAGGAAGCAGCUACUACUUUGGAGGCUGUCCUGGAAACACCAUCGGUGAUGAAUGCUCCAAUACCAUUGGUCCAUUUCAAGGUUGCAUGCGACUGUUCUUAAUAGACAACCAGCCAGCAAAUCUCAUUCUGGUACAGCAGGGUGUGCAAGGUAACUUCAGUGACCUCCAGAUAGACCUGUGUGGCAUCGUGGACAGGUGCUUACCAAAUUACUGUGAACAUGGAGGAGAAUGCUCUCAAUCCUGGAGUACAUUCUACUGUGACUGCACAGGGACGGGCUACACAGGGGCUACCUGCCAUAACUCUAGGUACAAGCAAUCCUGCGAGUCGUACAAACAUACAGGGAACACAUCAGGUUUCUUCUCCAUUGAUCCCGAUGGCAGUGGCCCACAGGCGCCCCUGCUCGUCUACUGUAAUAUGACAGAGGAUAGAACCUGGACCAUAAUUCAGCACAAUAACAUGAGGGAGACAAAAUUGCAAGGUUCUCCCAAAGCCGACAGGCCUUACAUCGCUUCCUUCAACUACAGUGCCAGUAUGGAGCAGCUGAAGACCAUGAUUAACAGUGUGGAACACUGUGAACAGGAAAUUGCCUACCACUGUAAGAACUCUCGUCUCCUGAAUACACCAGAUGGAGCACCAUUCACCUGGUGGAUUGGGAGGACCAAUGAGAAACAAGCUUACUGGGGUGGUUCUCCGCCUGAACUUCAGAAAUGUGCCUGUGGAUUGGAGGAUAGCUGCCUGGACACGAAUUAUCAGUGUAACUGUGAUGCUGGCAGAGAUGAAUGGACCAAUGAUACAGGGAUCCUUUCAUACAAAGACCACUUGCCUGUAACUCAAAUUAUUAUUGGAGAUAUUAACAAGGUGAACUCAGAAGCCAUCUUCAAGCUUGGACCGUUACGAUGUCAUGGUGAUGGCAAUUACUGGAAUGCAGCUUCAUUUAACACCGAGUCUUCAUAUCUACAUUUCCCAACGUUCCAUGGGGAGCUAAGCGCAGACAUUACAUUUUUCUUCAAAACUACGGCUUCCUCGGGAGUUUUCCUGGAGAACCUGGGAAUAAAGGACUUCAUAAGGAUUGAGCUAAAUUCCCCAAUGGAAGUGCUGUUCUCCUUUGAUGUGGGCAAUGGUCCUUCCGAGAUCACUGUGAAGUCAGCCACACACUUGAAUAACAAUCAGUGGCAUUACGUUAGAGUGGAGCGAAACAUCAAGGAGGCAUCCCUUCAAGUGGAUCAUCUGCCAAGAAAGGUUCAGGAAGCCCCAGCUGAUGGGCACAUCCACUUACAGCUCAACAGUCAACUCUUUGUCGGAGGAACAGCAUCAAGGCAGAAAGGAUUCCUUGGCUGCAUCCGGUCCCUUCAAUUAAAUGGAGUAACUCUUGACCUUGAAGAGAGAGCAAAAAUUACCCCUGGGGUGAAGCCAGGGUGCCCUGGGCACUGCAGCAGCUAUGGCAAUCUGUGCCACAAUGGCGGGAGGUGUAUCGAAAAAUAUAAUGGCUACUCCUGUGACUGUGGCCACUCUGCCUACAACGGGCCAUUCUGCAAGAAAGAGGUUUCUGCCCUCCUGGAGGCUGGGACGUCAGUGAUCUACAACUUCCAUGAAUCGUAUGGAAUUACCCGGAAUACUAGCAUCCAUUUGUCUGCCAUCUACUCUGACCUGACUCUUUCAAGGGAGAAGAUUGCUUUCAGCUUCCGGACAACGCACAUCCCCAGCAUACUGCUUUACGUGGACUCCUAUUAUCAGGAAUAUAUGGCAGUGGUUCUGUCCAGUAAUGGGAGUCUACAGAUCAGGUACAAACUGGAUAACAAUAAGGAUCCCAGUAUUGUCAGCAUUGAUGGCAGAAGUUUGGCAAAUGGACAACUGCACAGUGUGAAAAUUGAUCGGGAAGGGAGAGACAUAUAUGUUCAGAUUGAUCAAUUCCUGGCACUGAGGUUCAACCUGUCAUUGGGGACCGAUGUGGAAUUCAAUGGUGUGAAAUCCUUGACCCUUGGCAAGAUUACAGGUGGUAACGGGAUGGACAAGGAACUACGGAAGGCCAACAUGUGGGGAUUUAUUGGCUGCCUUUCGACCGUGCAGUUUAAUGGAAUUGCUCCACUGAAGGCAGCCCUACGGCUACACAAUUCAGAUCCUGUUGAGGUCAAAGGGCAUCUGUCCAAGUCACGGUGCGGUAUUUCGGGAUCAACUGGUUCGAGGAAAGUCACGACAAUGCACCCACUGACAGAGCACGCUGGGACAAUUGAGGAGGGCAAGCUGCUAACCAAUGCAUUUAGGAGCGACUCUGCAGUCAUUGGAGGUGUGAUAGCGGUGGUGAUCUUUGUCAUCCUCUGCAUUGUGGCUGUCAUGGGGCAUUUGUUGUACAAGCACAAAGGCACGUACCACACUAAUGAAACAAAAAAGGCAGAAAAUACUGACCCCAUGGAUGCCACACUGAAGAACCAUCCCAAUUACCAGGAUUCCCUAAGUGAAGACAAGAAAGAGUAUUUCAUCUGACGACAGCACAUGCCCUGCUCAUUAUAACAGCAGAUUUAUAACAGCUGGGAUAUGCUGUCUGUGCUAUCAGUUAGCUCCAAACUCUGUGAACUAAAUGGCCAAACACUACAGUCAGAUUAUGCAGGACAUGACAAAUGGUUUACACUUUUGUUCUCCUUGACCGGACAGAGGUCUAUCCUAUUAUUUCCUGCUAUCUUCAGGUCAGCUCCGGGCAGUAAAAGGAAGAGAUAUACUAUGUCUUUAUGAGAGCAGCAGAGAAAAAAUAAUUACCAUUAUACUAACACACUGCAUGAAAAGUAAGCAACUAAUGAUUGCUUUUUUCCAUUUUGUUCCUUUUUUUGUUUCCCUCUCAGUGAUUUUUCCCAUAACGUUGAUCACAUUCAUCUCCAUCUGAGGUAAUAUUCCCUGAAACAUUUCUGCCCUGAUGUCACGCUAACAUAUAAUAACAUAGCAGUUUAGAUACGGAAAAUUAAAGCCCUUCACAGGAGUGUUAUCAAGCAGGAGUUGAUACUGAGGUAAUAUUCCCUGAAACAUUUCUGCCUCAAAGCCACACUAGCAAAUAAUAACAUAGCAUUUUAGACACGGAAGACUAAAGCCCUUCACAGGAAUGUUAUCAAACAGGAGUUGAUACUCUGCCACUUGUCAAGAAAAAUGAGGUGAUUUUAAGGUCUCUCCAAAGAGAGAGAGAGAGAGAUUAUGGGAGUAAAUUCCAGAGUCUAGAGGCAUAAGCUGAAGGUAUGGCUCCCAUUGGUAGAGACAAUAAUAUCAGACGUGCAGGAGGACAGAAUUGGAAGUGCAAAGAAAUUUCAAAGCUUUACAGGGCUGGAGAAGGUUAACAAUCAUAAGAGCGUUUGAAAAUACACACUCAGUGGCCAGAUUAUUAGGUACACCUGGAGACCUGAUCAUUAAUACAAAUUUCUAAUCAGCCAAUCGUGUGCAGCAAUUCAAUGUAUAAAAGCAUGCAGACAGGGUCAAGAGGUUCAGUUGUUGUUCAGACCAAAUAUCAGAAUUGGGAUGAUAUGGGAGUUAAGUAACCUUGGCUGUGGAAUGAUCAUUAGUGCCAGACAUGGUAGUUUAAGUAUCCCAGAGACUGGGAUUCACACACACACACACACACAUUCCCUAGCAUUUACAGAGAAUGAUGCAAAACAUUAAAAAAAACAUCCAGUGAGUGACAAUUCUGUAACU